UGUACAGUGUGCAAACGAUGUGCCCUAACUAGUAAAGAUUAAACAUAGUGCACUUUGUAUUUGUAGGGAAUAGGGAGGCACCAUUUCGGACACGCAUACGUGUUGUGCUGAAUUUAUUCUCCUGAAAGAAUCCGAGUCCUUCAGCGCUGAUUGGAUCGGUUCGUGAGAUCCCGCCUACUUGUAUUGCAAUUGGGUUAGAAUCCUCACGAAGCGAAUUUGAUUGGCUGGCUGGCAGUACGUCUGGCGAAUCCGUGCGUGGGAGGGCGUAUUUCGUGUUGGUGUGAUUUCUGUGCACCACGUGGUUUCUCUGACUAUAGGACCUGCUCUGGCCGAAACACCUAAAGAGGUUCGCUGACGGAGAGAGAGAAUCAUGUCGCAGGUGUUGCCUUACGAGGAAAAUAUAAGUCGGUACGGUAACGAUGGAGACGAGGAGCAAAUGUCUCUCACCUGCCGCCUGCACAACACCAACAACUUCUUCAGCUCCACACAGAACAAAAGACCUCCAAAACUCGGACAGAUUGGACGAAGCAAACGAGUCGUCAUAGAAGAUGACAGACUUGACGAGGUGCUCCAAAACACGACGGAGAAGUCACCGACGAAAGUGUAGAAAAAAAAAAAAAGGGGACGUUUUUUUUUUCAUGUUAGAAUCGCUCACCCCUGCGUGAAACAGCACUUCUUUGGUGCUAUGCAGUAUGGGUUGAAUUUCACAGCACAGCACAUGAGAUGAGGAGAGCAGCACCGGUGCAGGCUCUCACACGGAGAACGCUAACGUCUGACCCACUGAUUCCUCCCGAGGGCAUGUUUUUGAUCACCCACCCCCCAGUUUAUGAGUUGAGAUCACUCUAAUAUUACUACUUGUUAAUCCUUAGUGGUGAAGGUACCGUUGUAUUGUGAGAAUGCAUUGAUUAUUAAUAAGCACAAAAUCACAGACUAAUGGUAACUGUUAUAUUAUGUUUUUCCUGUUUGUUUGUUUUUUUUUUCCCUUUCGCUCUCUCUUUGUUUUUUCAUUCUGUAUCUGAACAUCUUGUGCACAAUGGAACUGUGAAUUACUUCAGUGAUGUGUUUUUCAUUUUAAGGAAAUCUAUUAUUAUUAUUAUUAUCAUUAUUAUUAUUAUUAUUAUUAUUAUUAUUAUUAUUAUUAUUAUAUACAUUUUUGCAGCACUAAAAGACUGAGCAAACAUUUCUAUAAACUGAUGACAGUUGUUUUGUUUUUUUUAAUUAACUUUUUGAUGUUGCUAAUCGUAACACUUAUUGUUGCUGAACUGCCUGAGCAGCGUAAAAAGUGAAUCGCUAACUUUUGUACAGAGAAACAGUUUGUAAAACUGGCUUAUUUGCAGCUGUAGUUCUAGCACUUUCAGACGUGGUCGCCACUCUCUGCUGUACAGGAUAUUUAUGAUCACAAUUUGUGCCAAAUCUUGUAAAAGUAUGCCAGUCGAGCUUUGUCGCUGUGCUUUGUGCUCUGCGUACUGUGAAAUUCCGCGAGCCUGGCCGUCCUGUCCGUUUUUCAGGGCUUUUCUAACUGCUUUUUGCAUGAGACGGGCUGAAGUGCCUCGCUGUGUGGCGGUGAAACUGGUGUACUCGCAGUAACUUUUGGAAUGACAGACCUCAAAACUCCUGAAUAUUACAUAUAGUAAAUGUUGCACUUCUUACCGUUUAACAGGGCUACGUUGAUCAUGGAAAGUAUGACCAUCAAAAUGUGAAUACACAAUAAAAAAUCAAUACAAAUGAUCACUUGUGAGACUGAUUUUAUGUCGUGCUUCUAAUUUUUUCUUCCACAAUCAAGCAGCAUACUUUACAAAUCUAUAUUUUGGCCUUGCGAUACAUUUAAGCUCUCCAUAACU